AUGGCACUGAUAAGAAUCGAUAGAAUAAGGAGGAAAAAAAGAAGCCAUUUGACUUAUAACGCAGAGAAGAUCAUUGGUAAUGGAUCAUUUGGUGUGGUCUUCAAAGCCUAGAUCGCUGAGACUGGAGAAAUUGUUGCAAUCAAAAAGGUUUUCUAAGACAAGAGGUAUAAGAAUAGAGAGCUGCAAAUUUUGAAAAUGCUUCAUCAUCCAUUCUGUGUGGAAAUGAGGCAUUACUUCUACACUAAUGGCGAUAAGCCAGACGAAGUCUACUUGAAUGUAGUUAUGGACUACAUUCCAGAGACAAUCUACAAAAUCAUGAAGUCGUACUUGAAAAUGAAAUAAAUGGUCCCUCCGCUCUUGGUAAAGCUCUAUGCCUACUAGCUUAUGAGAUCAAUAGCCUAUAUUCAUGCCUUAGGUAUUUGCCACAGAGACAUUAAGCCUCAGAAUGUCUUAGUUGAUCCCUCUAGUCAUGUUUUAAAGUUAUGUGAUUUUGGCUCUGCUAAACAGUUAGUUGCAGGAGAACCUAACGUCUCUUAUAUUUGUUCUAGAUAUUAUAGAGCCCCUGAGCUCAUAUUCGGAAAUUCAGACUAUAACUGUAUAAUCGAUGUAUGGUCAGUCGGCUGCGUUAUUGCUGAAUUACUUUUAGGAUAACCAAUUUUCCCUGGGGAGAGUGGUGUAGACUAGUUAGUCGAAAUUAUAAAGAUUUUAGGAACUCCGAGCAGAGAACAGAUUACUGCCAUGAACCCUAAUUACAAAGAAUAUAGAUUCCCAUAAAUCAAACCACUUCCUUGGGAGAAGGUUUUCAGAUCUAGAACUCCAAAGGAAGCAAUAGACUUUGUAUCGAGAUUGUUAGUCUAUGACCCAAAGGCUAGACCCAACCCCCUUGAGGCUCUUCUUGAUCCUUAUUUUGAUGAGUUGAGAGACUCCAAUACAAGACUUCCUACUGGAUACCCUCUUCCUGAUUUAUUUAAAUUCACUCAAGAAGAGAUCGGCACUAUGGCUCACGGCCUCCACGAAAAACUAGUUCCAGCAUGGUACAAAUAGAAAUGA